AUGUCAGGCGCCGAAACCAUCGGCCUCAUCUCCGGCCUCAUCGCCAUCAUUGACGCCACCGUCAAGAUCUACAGUGCCGCUUCUGAUGCCUCGGGCCUCCCAGAAGCCUUCCGCGACGCAUCCGCACGACUUCCGCUGGUCAGAGAAACACUGCAAACCGCUCUACAGAACCUCGAAAUGAGCGACGCCGCCUCCUCCCUCUGCCAGGCAACAAAACCUGUGCUGGAUGGCUGCAAACAGAAGGCAAGAUGUCUCGAAGAGGUAUUCCGAAAAGUGAUUCCUUCCGCUAGCGCCUCGAGGAUGGAGCGGUACCUUCACGCUGUGCGAACCUUGGGUAAGGGUAGUCUCGUCGAGUCUCUCAUGCAGGGUAUUCUGAGGGACGUCCAACUUCUGGCGCACAAUCGUGUGAUGAAACUGGCGACGGAUGAGCAGCUCAAGGAAUUGGCACAAGCUGAGGAUGAAGUAUCUGCGAUCCCGCCAUCGUUACCACCUCAGUGUCUGAGCAGCAUCAGCAAUUCUGGGCCAGGCAUUCAAAACGUAAAUACCGGCGGUGGGACCCAGAACAACAACAACAGCUCAGGCCAGCAAUUUAUUGGUGGGACAUUCAAUGGCUCUUUGAAUUUUUAG